GGUAAUGGUGUUGGCUGUUUUAGCUGUGUUAUCAUGAAAGGAUUAAGUGGGAAAAGGCAUUUCUUGUCUGUUGGGGUCCAGGCUGGAGACACAGCACUGAUGUUUUAUUUCAGCUCCCUCAGCCCUCCAAACCCACAAAACUCUGCUCCUCCUUUCCUGCCUCUCUAAUCCUUUAUGAUGUAAUUAAUUUGUGAGUAACAGCUGGGUUCACUUCACUCCAUUUGAGAACAUCCCUGAAGAAUUUUAAACUGCAGGCGUCACCACCCAUCUCCCCAAGCCCUGGACAGGCUUUGCUCUUGUCAAAGGUUGCUUCCAGCAGCUCAUGCGUGUGGGAAAUGUGCUCUGCAGUUUGGGCUAUCCUAGCAACUCCCGGGGAUCGGCACAGCCCCCAGCUGGCAACCCAAAUAUUAAAAAACACAGCUGGUUAAAGUUUAACCCCCGUGCCGACGAUGAUGUGGCAGCAGAAGCUGUGUAUCAGGAGAGGAUCCGCGCCCGGGGAUCGGGGUGGGAGCUCCUGGGAGAAUGGGAUGAGCAGAGCCGGCCCAAAGGAGCAUUCCCCACCAUGAAUGGGUUCCUGAACUGCUCUGCCAACCACACCAAGAUCUGGAGUCACUACUUGGUGCUGGCCCUGGGCAUCCCCCAGCUGACCAUCAACGUCGUCUCCAUCAUCUUCAACUGCACCGUCAUCUUCACCCGCCUGGCCACCAGGGACCUGCACAAGCCCAUCUCCAUCCUCUUCUGCAACCUGGCUGUCUCCGACCUCUUCACCAGCUUCUCUGGCUUCUGGAUUUCCAUGCUGUUCAUCACCUACCCUGACAUCACCAUCUUCGGCUCCCGGGACAUGCUGGCUCCCUACUCCCUGUACACCACCUCCAUCCUGUCCACCAUCUACAACCUGGUGAGCAUCGGCAUCGAGCGCUACCUGGCCGUGGCCGAGAGCAUGAGGACGAGGUUCAGGGUGGCCAGGAACCACUCCGUUGCCGUGGUCUUCAUCAACUGGGUCCUGGCCUUCUUCCUGGGCUGCCUGCCCCUGAUGGGCUGGAACUGCCUGCACACACAGAGCAACGUCUCGGUGCUCUACAGCCCCUUCUGCGUCAACUACCUCGUCUUCAUCGCCAUGCCCAACGUGGCCAUGGCCUUCCUCGUGCCCCUCUUCACCUACCUGAGGAUCAUCAUCAUCCUGAGGAAGAGGAAGCUGAGGAUGCAGGCGUGCGGCCAAGCCACGGGCACCUACAGGUCGGCAGAGACGCAGGUGGCCAGGACCAGCAUCUCCAUCUGGCUGCUGGCCCUGGUGUCCUACGCGCCCUUCCUGGCCGGCGUCAUCUUCGACGCGGCCAACCAGCGCUGCCACGGCGAGCUGUACCCGGGGGUGUACAUCUUCAGGAACUGCACGGCCAUGCUGAUCACCCUCACCUGCCUGGGCAACCCCCUGCUCUACACACUGCGGCUCCGGGCGCUGGGGGCCCGGCUGAAGGCGCUGCGCGGCCUCUGGGCCUCGCGCGUGAGGGCCUGCGCUGUCGGCCAUGUCUGAGCAAACCCACCCACCCCAUCCCAGGGUGGUGUAUUGGAUAAAUGAG